AUCUGAAGUGUCAAGGCAUUUGAGUGUAGCAAAACACUGUGGCGGAUGGUGUAGCGUCAACUACUACUUUGGGGUGGACUCAAACGGUCAUCUCAGGCAAGCCCUCAUGUGUGCUACUGCUUUAUUUAAUAACACAUGAGGGACAUUGGUGUAUCUACAUUAAUUGCUAGACAGGGCUGUACAAACUAUCUGGCUUGUAUUUUCUAGCUAGCUGUUGAACAUAGACCUUUACGUUAACGUUACUUGUUUUGCUGUUGGUUAGCUAACACGGUUUUCGCCGAAUCACAGACUGUUUGCAUGUGCAGUGUAGAUAAACUGUUUAUAACUGUCAUGUAAAUGAGGAGAAUUGGUAGCUAUCCUGUCAACAGCAGCAAUUCAUCAGUUCCGGAGACAUAUGUAGCAUGCUAACCGGAAUGACUAGCUGUCGACGACAGGUCACGUUAUCUACUAACAAGGCACGCGAUUAGGAAGUUGGGUUUUACAAUCAGAAAACAUUAUUGCUUCGUCGAUGUUUUGAGUAUGCUGCCUGUUCUAAGCAUUUGAUCAGUCGCCCCACAUCCACUUUUAUCGUUGUCACUCCUUGUUUUGUCGAAGUAGGAUGUAGCAUAGGAAUUGGAUAGCAACCUUAAUAUAAGUUGCGUCACGUCUCCCCGUCAAGUUGUUGCUUCCAAUUUUAUGAAGCCAGCAGGUCAGUUAGCUCAGCUGACUCGCCACCCCUGCAGAUUUGACGUUAACGCAAACCAAUUUUCAUAAAUUGGGCUAGAUCUCGUUUGGAUCAACCAUUCAGUAUCUAAAGUGGAGGAUUAAAAACAUGUGGCUUCAGCAGAGACUGAAAGGUAUGCCCGGCCUGCUGUCAAGCAGCUGGGCACGGCGGGUCCUCCUCGGCCUGCUGCUCUUCCUCAUCUUCUACUGGUACCUCACCUCAGACGGAGUCCUGAAGUUUCUGAACAUGUCCAGGGACUCCGGCGGGGCAGCAGGCGCCUGUUUACAGACAGACAUCAACAGGUGGAAGGCGUCUGUUGAGCGGGGGGAGGGUGUGAUCCUGAGCCCCAACAGUGAGGAUGUGGCCCCAUUUGUUGUUGGCAAUGGGCAUUUCCUGGUGGACAUCGAAGCCAACAGACUGUGGGUGUCCCCCUCUGCCCAGCCAGGGUCGGCCCCUGUGCACCAAACAGACUUCGCUCCCAAUGUACGGCUGCAGUUGGCGGGUAAGAGACAGGAAGCUCGAGCCAUGAUGCUCUGGUUCCGAAAGGGGUCCGUUCUCUCGGUGCGCUGCAUCCAGCCAGGCCAGGCUCCAUCAUCAUCAUCAUCAUCAUCGUCCCGGGAGUGUGUGACCGUGCGCGAGGAAUACAUCGCCCACCGGAGCCGUCCCAACACCUACCUGCACCGCAUCCACAUCAGCAACCCCACAGACAGGGCCCUGACCAUGGAUGUGCUCACCGAGUCCCCGGGCUUCCGGAGCAGCCCCGAGGUGCUGGAGGACCGGGAGAUCUUGCUGUUCUCGGGCCGAGUCCUCACCGAGAAGAGCGGUGCCGUAGUGAUGAUGGUGGUGGCCAUGAAGAAGCUGGGCAGCCGCCUCCCGGUGAGCGCCAAGUCAGACUACACGGAGAACGUGGUGUCGGUGGUGCACACGUCCGAGCCCGUGGACCCGGCCAAGGCGGACGAGACGCUCGCCAAGCUGAAGGAGGCGGCCCGGAAGGAGAUGCUGGAGAUGCUGAGGGCCAACGUGGAGGAGCUGGUGCAGGACCACCAGCAGGCCUGGAUGGACCUCUUCAUAUCCGGGGUUGAGAUGAAGAAGAUCACGGACGCCCACACACCAUCGAGCCACACGGUCAACACCACGCUCUACUACAUCCUGUCCACGUCCACAGCGCCCCUGCUGGACCGGAAGGGGAGCGCAGAGGAGCGGAAGGACAUGGAGUCCAGCCUGAACUACGCCGACCACUGCUUCAGCGGCCACGCCACCAUGCACGCGGAGAACCUGUGGCCGGGCCGCGUCUCCAGCGUGGCGCAGAUCCUGCAGCUGCUCACGCUCUGGAACCUCACGCUGCAGAAGCGCGGCUGCAAGCUGCUGGUGGCGGCCGGCGUGCACGGCAUGAUGCAGGGCAUGGUGCUCAGCUUCGGGGGCCUGCAGUUCACCGAGAACCACCUGCAGUUCCAGGCCGACCCGGACGUGCUGCACAACAGCUACUCGCUGCGCGGCAUCCACUACAACCAGGACCUGAUCAGCCUGGCCGUGCUGCUGGACGCCGAGGGCAAGCCCUUCCUGCACCUGUCCGUCAAGCCGCAGGAGAAGCCCGUCAAGCUGUACGCCUGCGAGGCCGGCUGCAUGAACGAGCCCGUGGAGCUCACCUCGGAGGUCAAAGGGCACACGUUCCCGGUGCUGGUGACGCAGCCCAUCACGGCGCUGCUGUACAUCUCCACCGACCUGACGCACCUGCAGGACCUGCGCCACACGCUGCACGUGAAGACCAUCAUGGCCCACGAGGACCACAUGGCCAAGCAGUACCCGGGCCUGCCCUUCCUCUUCUGGUUCAGCGUGGCCUCCCUCAUCACGCUCUUCCACCUCUUCCUUUUCAAACUCAUCUACAACGAGUACUGCGGCCCUGGCGCCAAGCCCCUCUUCAGGAGCAAGGUGGUUAAGAUAACAACUGAAGAGACAGACCCAUAAGAUGCGACAUAAACAAACUCAGGUGCUGAUCAGGAUGGAUUUAGUACAUGAGCCGUCUCUGUCGCCGGUAGGGGGCGGUGAUGUGCGCGUUUGCACCCGCUUUCCCCUCAGAAGUUGGCUGAUGCGGCCGAGGCCGGGAGUGCAAUGAAAGCUGCAAUCUGAAGCUGUGUGGAACAGUGGCGGGACCCGAUAACCGGAAAUGAAGUAGCCUUGCAGAAGGCUAAUUUUACAUUAAAGCCAUGACUUUUUUUUUCAAAGGGUAGUGUAAGUCCACCCAUUCUAAUGAAGUUUGGUUGUUGUCAGGCUUUUUAUGAAUUAAUUAUUAUAGGCUAGUGAGUAUUGAUGACUUAAUCAAGCAGGGAGUGGCUUUGCACAGCGCACGAAUGAAAAAUAAAUCUCGAUAAAUAUACAAAUAUAUUAAAAUGCAUUCAUAUUACAGAUAACAUCGAAUUGUGUAUAUUACAUAGGCUAUAAAAUGAAGUCUUUCAUCGCAAUCUAAAAUUCAACAUGAGCAUUUGCCUUUUUAUAAAUUCGUCCAAGAUAACCCAUAAUGGCGAAACACACAGGCUUAUUACUCUACUAGUGUAACGAAAAGAUUUGAUUUGUCAUCAUUGCAUUGUUUUGGCUUUUAUGUUUUUUUGGGGGGGGGGCUUGAUAAGACUUAAUGUCAUAUUGAUUUAGUUUGUAAGUAAGAAAAAUAGCUGCCUGUAAAUUAUAUUAUUUAUGGCAAAUGCUUGUCGGGAUUUCAUCUACUCUGUAUUUUCUAGAGGUUUUGAAAACUGUCUUAAAAUGUAAGCUAAACCAAAUUUCGAUUCAAUGUUAGGAGGGAGAGGACAGAUGGUCUAGGGAAUUAUAUGUAUAUUAACACCAUUUUUUGGGGAGUAUGAUAUACUCUGCUCACCUUUCCUCGUGUUUAAUAAAAUGUGGAAACAUG